AUGGAGCUGCCUGAGUAUGCCUCUGAUAAAGAAAUUGAUCAAGCAGUUGAUAAAAUUCGAGAAAUUUUCAAAUCAGACUUGAAAAAUGGUGAAAGCUAUGAUGAAGGAUUGUAUAUCAGUCACGAGAAAUCGGUGCUUGAUGAACACGCAGAUACUUACUUUAACACCCACCAUGCUUUAGAUAAUGAAAGAUCUCAUUAUGUCCUUUUUCCCCGUCUGACUGCUCAGGUCUCUGAAAUAUUGAAAUUAUGCCAUGAAUACAAAAUCCCAGUGGUUGCCACUGGGGGCAGGUCUUCAUUAGAAGGACACUUCAUUCCUACAAGAGGUGGGAUAAGUCUUGAUUUAUCGAAUAUGGAUGCCAUUGUUCAUUUUAAACCGACCGAUUUAGAUAUUACAGUGGAAGCAGGGCUAGGUUGGGAAGCUUUGAAUGACUACUUAGAGGACUAUAGGCUAAUGUUCCCUGUUGACCCUGGUCCAGGCGCUACAGUUGGAGGUUGUGUAACCAACAACUCGUCUGGUACUAACGCAACUAGAUACGGAGCUGCAUUCGCCAAUGUUGUUUCAUUAACUGUUGUUUUGGCUGACGGUACAGUAGUUAGAACUAAAAAAAGACCUAGAAAGACAAGUGCUGGUUAUAAUUUAAAUGGUCUUUUCACCGGUUCAGAAGGUACUUUGGGGAUUAUAACUGAAGUUACCGUGAAAUUGCACGUUAAACCUAAAGUUGAACGAGUGGCCGUUGUCCCAUUCAAAACCAUCAAAGACGCAGCUAACUCAGUAAAUGAGUUUUUAAUAUCGGGUAUCAAUUUAAAUGCAAUCGAAUUGUUGGAUGAUAAAAUGAUGAAAUGCGUCAAUGAUUCGGGUGAAACUACUAGAAAAUGGACGCAAGCUCCUACACUUUUUCUCAAAAUCGGUGGAUCCAACGAUGAAGUGGUCAAAUCGACAAUCAAUCAAACGAAGGAAAUAAGUGCUCAACAUGGCUCACUUGAUUUCCAGUUUGCUUCUAAUGAAGAAGAAACUGUUGAAUUAUGGUCCGCACGAAAAGUAGCUCUUUGGUCAACAAUUAAUCAAGGGAAAUUGAAAAAUAAUGACAUUCAAUUGUGGACGACCGACACUGCCGUCCCAAUCUCUCGACUUCCUCGGUACUUGGUAGAAGUUAAGAAAGCCAUCGAUGAUGCUGGAUUAGAAAACACAUUGGUUGCUCAUAUUGGUGAUGGUAAUGCUCACAGCUUUAUUCUUUACCAUCCUGAAGAGCAUGCAAAAGCUGAGCGUAUUGUUCAUGAUAUAGUAAAGAAAGCAAUCGAAUUAGAAGGAACCUGUACGGGUGAACAUGGUAUUGGUUACGGUAAAAUUGACUUACUAGAGGAAGAAUUGGGUCUGAUUCCAAUAGAUGUAAUGAGAAAAUUGAAAUUGGCCCUUGACCCUCAAAGAAUAUUAAACCCUGAUAAAGUGUUCAGGAUGGACCCCAAUAAAAAAGUAGAAUAG